GCAUCUUGUCAUUAGUUGCUUUUUGUCUCUUGUAGAUUAUUUAUCAAACACACACGGACCAAGGUAUAGUGUUAACAACUGGAUUACACGGAGAAAAGGAUUCCCAAUUUAAAAUAAAAAUUGUAGGAAAAAUGUGGAAAGUCUUGUUUAUUGUUGGUGCAUUUGUGACUCUUGUGAUUUCACGACCACAGGGACCUCCAGAAUUGCCUGAACCGUAUGAAUAUCAGUAUGAAGUGAAGGAUCCGGAAAAGGAUUUAUUUUUCGAUAAAAACGAAAUUGGAGAUGCUGCGGGCAAGGUCACAGGACAAUACUCCGUCUGGCUACCAGAUGCACGACUCAUGACAGUGUCAUACACAGUAGAUGGUGAAUCGGGAUUUGUUCCAAAAAUAACAUUCCAAGAAAAUGCCAAUCCAUUCAGUGGAUAAAUUUACAAAUGACGUGCAUCUUAGAUCUUUCAGUGGAAAUUAUUCUUUUGACCAUCAUCCCAAUAUGAUAUAGAAUUUUUAUAAGUUAUUAAAGUGUUUUUUUUUUUGUAAAUGAACGCCAUUCGAUGGAGAUGAGAUAUUACCAUAUUAUGUGUAUAAUCAGAAUAAUGCAAUAAUUAAAAACAAAAAGAUGAAUAUACAAAAACUUACAGCAUGA